AUGCCCGUGAUGAGCGGUUCCGGGGCCGCUCAAGAAAUUCGAGAGUUUGAAGAAGCACACAACAUCCGGCGGGCCGUCAUUGUUGGGCUCCAGAGGCAUCUCUCGAGUUCACAUUUGCCAGACUAUUUCAAUGGUGGAUUCGAUGCUAUUGUGAUAAGCCACUCGAGCAUCAAGUUCUUUUAUGAGUUCCUCUGCGGCCCGCCCGAGACCAACAUUUUUGUCCAGUACGGCUGCCUUACCGAAGAAGAGCAACGGUGGUACUCGCAGCGGUAUGAGAGGUAUCACGUGGGUUGUGAGGGUUCACUGACAACCAGCUAUGGUGUCCAGACGCCGGGAUUGUAUACAUCGGUCAUGCCGGCGCAAACACUCCCGCGCUACGUCACAGCUAGGAGAAGAGAGGCAUCGAUUUUUUCCUUCCGAGCGUCAAAGUAUCAACUAACAGAGGACACAAACGAGAACAUGGCUGAAUGA